AGACUGGCCAGGAAAUGCUUUUAAUGAAGCAAUUUUUCUUACUCAGACUGUUAAUGCAGCACUAAGACAAAUGACUGUAAUCCAUAUAGAAGAAAUAGACGAUAUAUGCUGUAUUAUGGAUUAACAAUGAAGUGUUAUGACUUUUUUCAGCAAAUAAGUUUUUAACUCAUUAUACAAGAGGAAUAUAACGCUUUACGUAAGUGUGACAGUGUUGGAAAUUAAACAGUCGACUUCGUCAAGGCGCCAUAGGAUUGUGUAAUAUGAUACCAAAGCAGAAUAGUGGUAUCCUAGCCACCUAAUCCAAGACAGCAGUGUUGACGAUGAACCACUUUCUGAAUUUAUUCACACUGUUUUCCUCCCUUCAUGGACCAGCGUCUCCCCCCGGCCAGAGUGUUCCAGGAGUACGACAUGUCAAUCCGGUGCCCAUGGCUCCAUCGUUUCCUCUUGGUAUACCUUUUAGUGACAUUGAAAAUAUUUUAGACAGAGGAAGAGGCAGUCUUUCGAUUCCACAAUCCAUCCAGAACAAUUUCUUUGAACAACCUCUUCCAUUUCAUCUAUUUUCCAAUCCUCAGCCUCCGCCUGUUACUCCAGUCCCUGUAACAGAAAUCAUUAACAUUUUAAACAGAAUGAGAGCAGGAGGGGAUCGUUCUCGACAUAAAUCCGAAACCUCGAAAACUCACCCAGAACAUCGCAGUCCACAUCACAAUGUUAACUCUCAUCAAAGUUCCCAUCCGCCAAGCACUCACUCAGAGCAUACCAAAUUCCCAAGUCAUCACAAGGGAGAAAGUGAUUUUCAUCCUGAUCUACGAUCAUCGAACAUUCGAAGAGAAAAGGAUCAUCUUAGGAAACCUGAUAUUGUGCAUAGUCAUCACCAUUCUGGAAAUCCUCGACAAAUUCCUAAAGAAGAAAAUUUAGAAAGAGAACCUUUUGUUGACACAAAUAAACAAGCACGGAUUUUUCUCAAAAAUCAAAUACAAUCCAGCACUGAUCAUGGUAGUACGGCUCUAAUAGAACGGUUUAAGGAUCCUAUAGGAUUUCGUGCUCUAUUAGAAGACUUUGAGAAACAGCCUUUAAUUCCCGAAGUGAUUCAGAGUUUUCGUGGAAACUUUAUAAACAUCUCAGGAAAAGUUGAUACCAGUGUUGAUUUUAAAGCAGCCGAAAUUGAUGAUGUUACUAAUUUGAACAAUGCUUCAGUGGAGUGUGACGAACUGUGUCCUUCACCUCUCCAUUGCCCCUUUGGUUUUCUACAGGGUGUCUGUCCAAGAUGUGAAUGUGCCCCGGACCCUUGUGCAGACAACCCAUGCUCCUUAAACGAAAAAUGUAUUCGUGUACCCUCCGAAGAAUGUACCGACCAAAACAUUACCAAAUGUCCACAAUUAAAUAUCUGUGAAGCUCCAAAGGAAUGUGAUGAACCCUGUUCUAAUUCUGUCCAUUGUCCAUUUGGUUUCUUACAAGGCUCUUGUCCUAGAUGCGAUUGUGCACCGGACCCUUGCGCAAACAAUCCAUGUAACUCAACAGAACAGUGCAUUAGUGUACCCAACAAAGAUUGCCCCGACAAAAACAACACCACAUGUCCCCAGUUUUAUGCCUGCAAAGACCGUGGGUGUGAUUGUCCAACUGACUGGAAACCAGUUUGUGGUACAGAUGCUGAUAUGUUUACAAGAACAUACAUUAAUAACUGCACAUUACAUUGUCACUCGGGAGUAAUAAAAGUAUACGAUGGUGAAUGCUGGCCUUCAAGCAUUCCAAGGUUUUACUUCAACCCGAAUAAUGUAGACGAUGAUUAUAAGACAAACAGAACCCUAAUUGCUGAUAUAUCAGAUCCUGAUAAUGUUGUGUUUGAAAUUUUGAAUGAGACGGAUGUAAUAAGACCCAAGUCAUUAAAUGAUUCUGAAGAAAUAGACGACGAUGACAACGACACGACGAUUUUAUCACAACCAACAUCAACGGGAGAAUCCACAACAAACGAUACUGUAAUGAUAAAUACAACAACAGUCCCGAUAGUAAGUUCAUCUGAAGUUUAUACAACAAUGCCAACAUCAGAGGAUAUUACAAGUGAAACACAAAUGAAUACAACGACUAAACAACCUACUAUAGACGAUAUGGUAACCACAACAAAGCAUGAUAAUGUAAUGACUACACCGACUCAUCGGAAUGUUGAAACUAUCCUUAGUUUGCCAAGUAUACGUCAAUUAGAGUUAAAAGAAACCAAUCCACUUCAUACAAUGUUGGAAAUUCCUACUUCAAAUACCUCAAAGGCAAGGGAAAUCAACAAAUAUAAAGGCAAAGUUGAUUUUCAAGAGAAUAACAUACCAAGAAUUCCAAUUCAAUUACUACACCAUGCACUGUUUUCACGUUUCAUGCAAAAGCCAGAAAAAAUGACCUUAGGAAAACUAAUCAAAGAUGAGGAGCAACUUAUUUUGGGUACAGAGGGAGCUUUGAAACCGAAAACAACUUUACAGACUUAUUCUAAUUCUGCACAAAAGCCACAGAAAUUAGAGAAAAGUAGACCACAUGCUAAAAAGACUAAUAAACAGUAUUCAAACAAGGGAAAAGGCAAUCCAACCACCCUUAAUCCGUUUGAAAGGUUUAAAAAGAAAUACUCGAUGAGAUCUCAUACAAAACUAACAGGAAAAACAGAAAAACUUGAUAAAGGUAGUUCACACAAGGAAACUAAGGCUAGUCAUAUUUCUAGAAAGACGAAGACUGUUUCACGAUCUAAUGACAAAGUGAAAAAGACAUCAGUUGAUCCUGUCGAGGAUCUCAUGUUUGAAUCUGAUGAUGACUUCACAGGACAAGAUCUACCCAAGUUAUAUGAUAUCCUGAAUGAAUAUCGUUUUGGUAAAUGACACGUUCAGAAUGUUUUUGUUACAUGUAUAAUACCUUCUCUAAAGGUGUGAUUGCUCAAAAAGGAGUAUAGACGCCUAUCUUUAUAUUUUAUGUUUUUAAAGAAGAAAGAAUGCCCUGAAUAUACCUCUGUAUCCGAUGUUGUGAACUUUUUAUUGAGGGAAUACAUCGUAAAUAAGUCUUCGAAAGUUAGAAGUGAUGAAAAUAGAUGACACAUACAAGUGUGAAUCUAUUGAUUUUGUUGGGGAAAAAAAACCUCUACUGUCCUUUCUAGGAAAGUACAGAUUCAUCAAAUCGUCAUCUCAAGGAGCUAGUUACCAAAGCCUCACAAAUUGUUACUCAUCGUGUUUAUUUAUGUUUGUUGUAUGUAUUUGUAAAAACCGAGCAUAAUAUAACUGUACUGGUUUAUAUGUGCAUUCACGAAACAUUCAACCAUUUACAGAAACCAUUUUACAUUUUUCAUUUCUUUCAUAUUUCACUUUUCAUGCAAAAGAAAGUGAUUGAUCAUAGCUUCUUCCUGACUUAAAUAACAUGAAUCUCUGUAAUGGCAAAAUAUUUUUUACGUUUGUUGUUUGCUUGAUUUACUUACUUUAUGAACGUAUCAGUAACAUUUGUUUCACUUAUUCAAUUGAUAGUUUUGCUUUUUCUAUUCUGUUAUGACUAGAUCUGUUUCGUAGAAACUAGACCUAUUGAGCAGAUAACCAACACAUUAUCUUACCUUAUAUAACUUUACAUUUUUUUCAGCUAGGAAUUUAAGCAUUUAUAUAACGCACAUAUCUUUCUAUUUGAUAUAAAUGAAUACAAAUAUUAAUGACAUCUAUGGGGAUUUGAC